GUGGUGUCGCCCUCUCUUUAAAUGACCCCUCACUACCAAAACACAUCCAGCUGUAAGCUGAUCAAUAGACGGCCCUGCCAACAAGAUGACAUUACGGUUUGAGGUAUCCUGCCCUGAUGGUCUAUGUCCAGGAUGGAGUAUCAUCCUGAAAGGAGAGACCCCAGCAGAAGCCAGCAAGUUUGAGAUCAAUUUCCUGUGUGACCGCGAUGACAGAAUAGCCUUCCAUUUAAACCCCUGCUUCACUGAGUCAGAUAUCAUCUGCAACUCCUACAUGGCCAACCACUGGGGGCAGGAGGAGAGGUGCAGCAGCUUCCCCCUCGGGAUAGAAGAGCCUUUCCAGAUUGAAAUUUACUCUGACAAUGAUAACUUCCAUGUUUACAUUGACGAAACCAAGGUGAUGCAGUAUAAACACCGUGUGGAAGACCUGAAGACCAUCACGAAAGUACAAGUGGUGAAUGAUGUCAAUAUCUCCUCUUUAGAAAUGACCAAAAAGCAUUUUUACUAAGUGAUGGGCUGGAAGGCCAAGCAGAUGAUUCAUUUGGAGUGAACCUUGUGUUUGUUUAUGGUGGGUUAUUGUUUUUAGCAUAUCUGUUUACACACCUUUCAAUACUCAUAAUUAUCCUCUUGGGUUAAUUAUCUUCUGUAAAGGUGUGAUUAUUAGUAUUGACAUGCCUUACCUUAACUCCAUAUUUAUAUGAAUCUGUGAAUAAAUUGGAUGUUUGAAAAGAUUCCUGAAGGACUCAUCUGGGUGACUAAGAAUUUCUGUUUUUCCACAAAAUCAAUGUCAAAAAUAGAUUCUGCAAAUCCAUCUGGGUUUGCUUAUGAUAAAAACAUCCUAAGAAAAUAUAAAAAAUAUGCUCAUGUAACGCUAGCGGCUGCAGUCUUUAGCCUCCUCAUUAGUGCGUCUGCCUCCCAUGCCAGAGACCCACUCGGAACAAGAACGAGGUGUGGUGGUGAGG